AAUAUUUAUAUAGCUAAGAUGUGUGAUAAAAAUGAAAUCGAGUAUCGAUUAAUAAUCAAAAUCGAUUAUAAAAAAACUAUGCUGUUGUCUAUGCUCUUGUUGAUUGUAGAUAUUUCAUUUUACGCAAACAUAUCUGUUGCUAUCUCAUUUUAAUCAAUAUGCUAGAAAGAGAAGACAAUACAUUAAUAAUAAUCGAAUUGUGAAAAAAGGAACGCGUUGUGUUGAAGAAAGAAACGUGAAAGACGUCUGCAAUAUGUCUGACUUGGAAUUAAAUUUAGAUUUAGCUUUGUAGUUAAUAAUCUAGCUAUUUUAAAUGGUAUAUUUCAGUAUGAAACGGAAUAAAGAUCAUAUGUGAUAUAUUAAAUACUACGAUCGAUAAGGAGACGACUUAUAAAGAAGAUAUUUAUGUUGUUGUGGCCCGUAUGAAGAUCUUACGUGUAAAUAGCAGAUAUGCGCGUCACGGACAUUGUGUGGAGCGCUGUCUCGGACUAAGUGCGCGGUCGUUCAGCUGUGUGUAUUGCGGCGCAGGGCCUCCUAAGGGCCCUCUUUGACAAUCGUAGUAUAAGUAGAAGUGAAAAUGGAUCAGGUAGUUCAAUGCCCCGUGUGCACCCUCUAUCUGCACAAUGGGAUGUCGCUGGAGUCCCACUUGGACACACAUCCCAAGGAUCAAGUGAUAAAGGCACUAUGUUCACUGUCCUCCAACAGAAGUAGCUAUGGGAGUAGAGCAUCCACCCCCGUGCACUCGGAGCGCUCCUACAGAAGUAGAUCACGGACCCCGGCCACGGAGGAGGCGGCCCGGUGGAACACACCACACAGCACUGAUCAUGAGCGCUUCUGGAGAAGAACACCUAGCCGGACUCCCAAAACAUCUACAGUGACUCGAGUGGAAACACCUGACCUUAGAAUAGGAGACAGUAAUUUUGACAGUAGUGGCUCAAUAAAUACUUCAAACUCUGUGUUCUCUAACCCAUCCAAAAGUGAAAAACCACCUCAGCCUUAUCCCUCUGUGCCUGUUAGUGAUUAUGAACAACCAUAUUCCUAUUUUCCGGAGCAAAAAGAAGAGAAAGAAAUAAAGUACUCACGCAGUGCAGAGUAUAAUUCUCAAAACAACACUAACAGUGUGUAUGCAUACAACAUGACCACUCCGUGUGUGCGCCUGAAUGCACUGCUGCCAGCACAGAAAAGAAAUGAGCCAGUUAACAUGUUACCAACCAACAAAAACCAAGAUUUUAUUAAGCUCCUACCUAAAUCUCGCAAUAUAGCUCUUGUGAAAGCAAAUGUUGGGACCAUGCAAUACAUAGCUCCUGGAGUCAUGGUGUCCUCCGGCCCUACAUUUGUCCAAAAGAAUAAUCCAAAUAACCUCAUUGUGACUUCUAACCUUCAGAACCCAAUGGUACAAAGUAAGUCUAUCACAACACCAUUGUCUUCUCACCAGUACAACCAGAUGGCUCCGAGCCCUUUUGCACCAAACACCACAGUGGUGACGCAGAACUCUCAGAUCAUAUACAGUGAGAUGGUCCAUAGUAUUGAUGCUAAGCGCUUCAUCCCGGGCGGGCCCGCGGCGAUGGCUCAGGAAAACAUCACCAACGUGUCUCAGACCAGCUCCAUGUACCAGAAUGUGAUGGUUGUGGACCAGUUCGGGAACACUUCAUGUAUGUACUCAACACCACAGCAACUCUUGCCAAAACCAAGUACCUCAUACAACCAAAGUGUUCCAACACUGGACAAAAAUGUGGAUUCCAACAAAACUCUGAUAAUAGAAGUUUCACCAAUUGUGGCCCCUCCACCCGUAGAGGUGUGUGAUGCUUCCACCAGCAUGGCCCCACGCAAGGAGACCACUGAUGAAUACCCUCCGGAGAAACCUGAGCCCUCAGGGUCAACUAAGGGUUUGAAAAUUUUGAGCAAUAUUAAAGUUGAAGUUCCAGUGCAGCAUCACAAGAACCUGCUCAACACUGUGGUGGACCUCACGGGACCCACUGAAUGUGUCUAUCCCAAUAGAACAAAAUCACCUGAAAGAAUAUUGCCUGACAUUGAGGUCACGAUUACUCAGAACAAUGUUGAAACUCAACCUUCAGCGUUGAAUAGUAAUGAGGGCAUAGUUACUAAUACAUUCUCUGUGAUAAAGAAUGUUGGAAAUCCACCGACAUACAAGGAGGCCAAGAUGGAUCAUAAAAUUCAUGAAACUGAGUCUUCAGACAGCUGUCCAGUACCUGACCUCAUCUGCAAUGAGAAGCCUUCCAUAUCCCCGUGUAGCGAGCUGUCGGACAACGGAGACAAUGCCACGGCCAUGGCCUCAAUCUCUCUAAAACCAGAGCCGAGCUCAUCUGUAGAUAUAAAGAAAGAGACAGGCAUUCCUGUCCGAUCCUUCAGGAGCAAUCCCUUAAGACUGAACAACAUCUAUGUGAAGAAACACAAAAAGGUCCUACAAAUAAAAAAUGCCAAGUCAUUCCCCGUAGCGAGCACCUCAACAAGCAUCGAAGUGGUCAACCUCAGUUCAUCACAAGCAUCACGGUUACCGGAAGACUUUAAGAUGACCAAAAUAGUGAAUCACUCAGACAAACUGGACAACGAGGACUCGCGGGGGAGUAGACUAGAGACCGUGUCUAUAAACAAGUUGAACGAGCACGAGCACGAGUUUGACGCGGAUACAGAGGAGCAGUCCAUGGACAUGGAGCUGGAGCCGGUGGGUGGGUACCCCCCCUCCCCCGCGCGCUACCCCUCGCCCCCCGCCUCGCCCUCCACCAUCGACCUCACGCAGGUCAAGGAGGAAGUCAACAGCAACGACUUCAGCAACCAGACGGGCGAGUCGGAGCGCGAGUUCACGCCGCUGCAGGCGCUGCGAGCGCCGCGCGCGCGCUACGAGAAUCGGGACCUGCUCGAAUUGGAAGCCGCUAAGAGCAAGCAGUUCGUCAGCAUGAUGAACGACAACUACUUCGGGGACAACAUCUACGCGGACUACUUCACACCAGAUCGCGUUGAAUCCUUCGACGCACACGGUUCAUCAGCUAGUUUCGGCAAAGAGGUGCCAAAAGACGGGGUGUACCUGUGGGGCGAGCCAUCUCAGAAGGACAGUGAGUUCGUGUUACCCAACUUCAUGCCGGACGGGUACAAGUUACCUGACGGGGCGGAGUUCGCGCUGGGCCGCGGGGAGUGCAAGGCGGGCGUGCUCGAGCGAGCGGAGCCCGCGCUGGACAUCUGCUCGGACGAGCGCAUGCCGCCGCGCGGCGAGCUCAGCGGCCAGGAGAGCAACGGGGAUAUGGACGCGCCAUGGAAUGGGAUGUACCAAGAGGUGACUCCAGCGGAGCCCUACGACCUGAUAGCUAGAGAGAGCUGGAUCUCCGACGGCUCAGAGAUCGACAGCAACGAGAAACGGGACAGCUUAGAGGAAGAGCAGCCCAAACCUCGCCUCUUCAACUGCUUAGCCUGCGGUCUCCACCUGCCCUCCAUGAAGGAACUGCGGACUCACCGAGCCGAGGCGCACCCCCCGCCCGGCGGCUCGGCGGAUAAUACCACGUACUCACGACUCAUGAUCAAGAAGGUCAUCAAGAAGGAGGAUAAGACUGAUGAACAGGUUUUAGCAGGAAUGCUGCAAGACUCAAAAGCGGGCAUCACAGGGACAGUUCUAGAAGUGUUUGACCCCAUGGACGAGUCGAAAUCCAAGAUAAUCAUCAAACAGGAGCCCAAGCGGAGAAAGCGGGACUACGUCUGUCCUACCUGCAAAGUGGACCAAGUCACCGACGUAGCCUUCCAUCAACAUCUGAAGAUACAUCCAUUAGAGUGCCUGACCUGUGGGAAAUGCUUCUUCAGGAGGGCCAACCUCGCUCUGCACAUCAAGACGCAUCUGGGGAUUAAGAACUAUAAAUGCGAGGUGUGCGAGAAGCGCUUCCUCACGCGGCAGAAGCUACUCGAGCACCACAACGUGCACACCGGCCGCGCGCCCAUCAAGUGCACCGUGUGCGACUGCACCUUCAGAAGAUACUCGAAUAUGCUGCAGCAUCGGGACCGCCACCACAUGCACAAGAAGCCCAAGAUCCGCGACUACGUGUGCCACUGCGGCGAGAUCUACCACUCGCGGGCCAAGCUACGCUGGCACAAGGAGACCCACGACGGCAAGCCCAAGGCCUGCCAGUACUGCAGCGACAAGUUCAUACACCUGUCCAGUCUAACGAGACACGUGAGAAGGACGCACAAUGCGUACUUCAUGAGGGACGAUUUGAAGAAGAAUGAGAAUGUGCCGUGUCCGGUUUGUAAACAGGUAUACCUCCGUUCGAACCUCAAGACGCACAUGCGCACGCACAGCGGCAAGCGCCCCUACCACUGCGUGAUCUGCAACAAGGCGUUCACCACGCAGUGGAACCUAAAGCUGCACCGCUGGACACACAUGUCGCGAUCCGCUAAGCCCUUCAAAUGUUCCCUGUGCAAGGGAGCCUUCAUCCGCCAAUCAGAGUACAUCUCGCACAUGAACGCACACAAAUCCGUACGCCCUUAUACUUGUAAUUACUGCGGCUGCCAGUUCAUUAGGAAGUACAACUGCCAACGCCACGUUAAAGAACACGAAACGGCGAAAAAAUACGUCUGUAAAGUACCAGAUUGCGGUAAGUCGUUCCACAGGAGUUACUAUCUGUCGGAGCACAUGAAGGUCCACAGUGGGGCGCGGCCGUUCUCGUGCAAUAUUUGCGGGAAGACGUCCAGUAAUAAGUCGAAUCACAAUAAGCAUGUGAAGAUUCACCACGCGCGUGAGCCCGUCGCCACGGAGGCCUAGAUGUGGGGUUUGAUUGUUGAGACUUGAUUAUUUGAUCCCGAUAGCCAAUUCCAGUAAUGGUCUAAUUAUGUUGGACUUAAUUUAGACCACACCAGUCUUUUUUUAAUGGAAACAGGUGUAAAAAUAUUUAGCUAAUUUACUGAUUUAAGAAAGUCGACCUUGAGUUAACUUAUUUAUAACCAAAAUAAUACCAUGGUCUGACCGUAGCGAUUCCGAUCGACUUACCACUGCGACAAUAUGGGCUCAAAUUAUCAAGUCAUACCAAAAAGAACCUUGUUUAGAUCAAUGAAUAUGUACAUUAAAUUUAUUAAGACGUUGGUAUUUCGGCUGGUCCGAUACUUUUUAUAGGCGUUAACUUCCCUGAAAAACUUCUAGAAGUUACAAAGAAUACUAUGCUUUCUGGAAUGUUUGUUACGAAACAGCUAAAUAUUGAACAUCAAUUCACAGAAGCAGUAGAGAAUGUGCAUAAUCGAUUUUACAUAUUCCUACUGUAUUCGUAGAUUUUAUAGAUUGCGAUAUACCUACCAUGAUUGAAGUUAAUAAUAUCACACUUUCCACAGCUCAGCUUUUGAAUGUCAACAAUUUUCUUGAACUGCAUUAUGAUAUCUAAUUAAAACAAGGUUCGUAUUCCAAUGCCAUGUAAAUAUUAGUUAAUUUCCAAUUUAAACAUCUUUAAAUACGGACCACACCAGUUCAGAGCUUAUGAAGCUGAGCAGUUCUUGUUCUAAGCUAAUUAUUAUGUGCAUUAAACUUUGAGGGGAUACUUAUUAAAAUCUAGGCUAUGGGUUGUUAUUUCAUUAAAGUGUCUUAUGUCGAAUAAUCACUAGUAUGUAGGAAGGAAAAGGGAAUAACAUAUCUAAUAUUCUGCCUUGUGAACUCAUAAACCUGCAGGGAGGUUUACUCUACAUAUGGACUAUUUUUAUUUAUUGACUAUAAAUUUUAAUGUUUACACGACAGUGACGAAUGAUUUCUGAAUUAUUAUGUAAAAACAAAGUUAACGUAAUGUAAAGUAAAGUAAGACUACUUGUACCUUCUUUACAAAUGUAUCUUGAAGGCAAUAUAAAUGAUACCUCAUUAUUGGUUUAAAGGUAAGUUGUGAGUGUGGUGUGUCCUGGACCUUUUAGUGUUUUCGUUUCAAGAUUUGAUUGGUAUAUUCUGUAUUUUUAGGGUGUGGACAUAGUGAGUAGGUUAAUUUUAAAAAUAUCAACAGAGUCUCGGUGAAAUUUAGUGCACACAAUAAUAUUUCUAACAUACUUACAUGUUAACUAUAAAUUAGUGAAAUACAAUUAAAGGGCAUUUUAAACAUUAACGUUACUUAUCCACAAUUAAGGAUACUUUGGGUUGGGUGACUACUGUAAUGGCUUAAUUGCAUCAGCAGUGGCCAUAUUACUAUGUCGUAUGGCCAACUGUGUAUGCAUAUGUGAUACAAAACUUUACCUUUUUCAUUUUUCAAUGGACUGAAUUCAUUAUAUUAUUUUCUAUGUAAAUACAAACGUUAGAUAAUUUGGUUUGAGCGUUCUCUGGCUUUGUGUCGGCAUAUCUGACCCCCUAUUGGCUAACUCAGAGUCUAUACUCUAUUCUGCCGGGAUAUCAUCUAUCUGUCAAAUAGGGAUCAAGUUUCGUACGGUCGCCUGCGCCUAAAAGUAUACAGGCGGAGUUUUUAAAAUCGAUCCCUGAUGAUGAAGGGACCAGCUACAUCUGUUAUAAAUCCGGGGACGUUUUGUGUGUGAUGUGUGUAGCAGUGGUGUUUAUGUGGAUGUGCUUGAGCACCAUGUGAGCUUAAGAUCGCUAAUUUAAAAACUCCGCCUGUAUACUUUUAGGCGCAGGCCACCGUACAUUGGGAUCAUAAUAUGAUCAAGAUGUUACUGUUAUUUAUAGACUUCAAAUGUUUUCCGAAUCUGGGCAUUAUACUGUGUGCUUAUUUUGAUUUUGAGCCACCGUGGUCAUCAACGGCGCCAUGUUAGAAGAUAGGGGGUCCGAUUACUAUACAUGGUGUUGCAAAAGUGAUAUACUCAGCCUAAAGUGGUUCAAAUUGACCGCUUCAGUCACCACCUUUCGGCUUAGUAUAUUUCGUAUAGAGUUCAAUGUAAAUAUUUCGGGCCACAGGUCUCACACUAAGACUUGUCUCCCACUAUUGUGUAGUAUUUUCUUUGUAAAAACAACGCGUGUUAUGAUUAAUUAAAAGGCUCAAUUUAACUUGUCAAUUAAAAAAGUAAUUGAAUAUUGUGGAAAAACCCAAAAAUAACUCACUUUGAUUCAAAUGCCUUCUUUAAUUGAACAAGUUAUAAGAGAUUAAUACUAUUCUAUUAUUUUUUCAUUGUAAAUAGGCUUUAGUAGACUUUAUUUUAUCUUAUAUUUAUUGUUAAUUGUUACACUUAUUUUAACUUUUUUUAAGAUUAUUGACUAAGUAGUUUAAUUUACCUAAAUUUAUUUUUUUAACUUCACGUAAACCUAGGUAUGAUUCCAUCUUAUUAUAAACAAACAUUUUCAACAAAGUCGAUGUGCAAUUUUGUUAUCUAAUUGUUAUUUGUUGUUUGUGAUUACUGAUUAAUCACGAAAGAGCAAUGGUCGUGUUUCAGGCGAGAUAUGGCAUCACAUUACAAAAUACUUUAUGGUCCACUACUACAUAUUAGUUAACCAUAUUACUAUGAAAUCUCAAAUAAAAACAAAGUUUUAACAUGUAUUUUGUGUGAAGUCAUUGGUCGUACGCAGAAGCCUUUAAUGUACCUAAUUUACACAAAAUCCCUAGGAAAUGUUUGACGAACGGUCAGUACUUUCUUUAUUGUAGUUUAAUUAUUUUUUGACCUCCGAAGAAUCACACCAGCUGUGUUCAUAAUGUAUUAGACUGGCUCGCUUAUCUGUGAGAGCUGCUGGAUAACACAUCGGAUGAGGCAUUCAAGACGCCUUUUACCUAAAUUAUUAAAAACUCACACAGAUAAGUUAGCUAUUCUCGUAGGUGGGCGGAGUCCGAAAUACCUAAGCCGGUAUCAUCCAAUCAGAGGCGGCCGCACCAAGCAGUGACCAAUCAGAGAGCUUCAUUUAUGGGCUGAUUUCGAACACGAGUAUGUCGGACUUUGGCCAUCUUACGUUCGCUUACAAGUACUGAAACAAUGGUCCAGUAUUUGUAAGCGGAGUGAAAUUUAUGAAAAAUUCACAUAAAAAUGAUCUCGUAAUAUGUAACAAACAUGUUUAAAAAAUAAUUAAUUGUUUUUCUCCGUGCUCGGUUCAGCGAGGAUUCGAUUUUUUUGUAUGUUUAUUUAUUUUAUACGUUUAAUGGUAACCUUAUAAGUAAGUAGUUAGUUGUAAAUAACAUUUAAUGAGUGGAUCGUGAACCGGGCGGGGCCCCCCUCGCCCUGUGUUUGUGGAUGCAAUAAAUUAUUUACUAAGGUCUUUAAUAA